CUGGUGGGCUCCCAGGAGGAGCUGGCGUCUUGGGGACAUGAAUACGUCAGGCACCUGGCAGGGGAGGUGGCCAAGGAGUGGCAGGAGAUCGAUGAGGCUGACAAGGCUCAGAGGGACACGCUCCUCACCCUGGUCAAGGAGAUCGUCCCCUACAACAUGGCCCACAACGCGGAGCAUGAGGCCUGCGACCUGCUCAUGGAGAUCGAGCAGAUGGACAUGCUGGAGAAGUACAUCGAUGACAACGCCUACUCCAAAGUCUGCCUCUACCUGACCAGCUGCGUGAGCUACGUCCCAGAGCCCGAGAACUCGGCUCUCCUGCGCUGUGCCCUGGGCAUCUUCCGCAAGUUCAGCCGCUACCCUGAAGCCCUGCGCCUGGCUCUGAUGCUCAACGAUGUGGAGCUGGUGGAGGACAUCUUCACUUCCUGCAAAGAUGUAGUUGUCCAGAAGCAGAUGGCCUUUAUGCUGGGCCGCCACGGGGUCUUCCUGGAGCUGAACGAGGAUGUGGAGGAGUACGAGGACCUGACCGAGAUCAUGUCCAAUGUCCAGCUCAACAGCAACUUCCUGGCUUUGGCCAGAGAGCUGGACAUCAUGGAGCCCAAAGUGCCGGAUGAUAUUUACAAAACCCACCUGGACCCAGCUGCCUGCCGGUUCGGGGGGAGCGGUUCCCAAGUGGACUCGGCCCGGAUGAAUUUGGCCUCCUCCUUCGUGAACGGCUUUGUGAACGCUGCGUUUGGACAGGACAAGCUGCUGACGGACGACGGCAAUAAAUGGUUGUACAAGAACAAGGACCACGGGAUGCUGAGUGCUGCAGCCUCGCUGGGCACGAUACUGCUGUGGGACGUGGAUGGGGGGCUCACGCAGAUCGACAAGUACCUGUACUCCUCGGAGGAUUAUAUCAAGUCGGGAGCCCUCCUGGCCUGCGGCAUCGUCAACUCGGGGGUGAGGAACGAGUGCGACCCUGCCCUGGCCCUCCUGUCUGACUACGUCCUCCACAAUAGCAACACCAUGAGGAUCGGAGCCAUUUUUGGGCUGGGGCUGGCGUACGCAGGCUCCAACCGUGAGGACGUCCUGACCUUGCUGCUACCUGUGAUGGGAGACUCCAAGUCCAGCAUGGAGGUGGCUGGUGUGACUGCCCUGGCCUGCGGGAUGAUAUCGGUGGGCUCCUGCAACGGCGAUGUCACCUCCACCAUCCUCCAGACCAUCAUGGAGAAGUCGGAGACGGAGCUGAAGGACACAUACGCCCGGUGGCUGCCGCUCGGCCUGGGCUUGAACCACUUGGGGAAGGGAGAGGCGAUCGAGGCCAUCUUGGCAGCGCUGGAGGUGGUGUCGGAGCCGUUCCGCAGCUUCGCCAACACGCUGGUGGACAUCUGCGCCUAUGCGGGCUCGGGGAAUGUCCUGAAGGUGCAACAGCUGCUGCACAUCUGCAGUGAGCACUUCGACUCCAAGGAGAAAGAGGAGGACAAGGAGAAGAAGGACAAGAAAGAGAAGGAGAAGAAAGAGAGCUCAGCUGACAUGGGCGCUCACCAGGGCGUGGCGGUGUUGGGGAUCGCGCUCAUUGCCAUGGGCGAGGAGAUUGGCGCGGAGAUGGCCCUGCGUACCUUUGGCCACCUGCUGCGGUACGGGGAGCCCACCCUCCGCCGGGCCGUGCCCCUGGCCCUAGCACUUAUCUCGGUCUCCAACCCCCGGCUCAACAUCCUCGACACCCUCAGCAAGUUCUCCCACGACGCUGACCCCGAGGUCUCCUACAACUCCAUCUUCGCCAUGGGCAUGGUGGGCAGUGGUACCAACAAUGCCCGUCUGGCAGCGAUGCUGCGGCAGCUCGCCCAGUACCACGCCAAGGACCCCAACAACCUCUUCAUGGUGCGGUUGGCCCAGGGUCUGACCCACCUGGGCAAGGGGACGCUCACCCUCUGCCCGUACCACAGCGAUCGCCAGCUCAUGAGCCAGGUGGCCGUGGCUGGGCUGCUGACCGUCCUCGUGUCCUUCCUGGACGUGCGCAACAUUAUCCUGGGCAAGUCGCACUACGUUCUCUACGGGCUCGUCGCCGCCAUGCAGCCCCGCAUGCUGGUCACCUUCGAUGAGGAGCUGCGGCCUCUGCCCGUCUCAGUUCGGGUGGGACAGGCUGUGGACGUGGUGGGCCAGGCGGGCAAGCCCAAAACCAUCACUGGCUUCCAGACUCACACGACGCCGGUGCUGCUGGCGCAGGGGGAGGGGGAAGAGCUGGCCACCGAGGAGCACGUGCCCGUGACGCCCAUCCUGGAGGGGUUUGUUAUCCUGCGCAAGAACCCCAACUACGACGUUUGA